CACAACGAGGCAAACAACAUUGCAAACUCAGUCACCAACUACGACCUCCCAACCUUUGACUGAUCCGGUGCUUUGUGAUGACACAUUCUGCAGUUCACUGGCAUAUGAAAUGCUUGGAAGAAUGAAUACAUCAGUGGAUCCGUGUUCAGAUUUCUUCAGCUACUCCUGUGGGGCGUGGAUCUCAAGCAGAAAAGUAUUGCUAGACAUGAAUGUCUUUGACGCUGAUAGGAAUUCCGUAAUGAGCGAUGUGAAGCUGAACUUAAUGCAAAGAUUGAUAGAAAUGCUCGAACAAGAAGUUACUUCCACUGACUCGGAUUACAUGGCAGCCGCUAAGCUUCAUUUCCAGAGUUGCCUAGAUUCUAACAACCGGCCUGAUAGUAGCCUCGUAACAAAGGAUGUGGAGAGUUUACUGGAAUCUCUAGGCGUAGGAAGUUCUAUGACGUCAUUUAUGACGCCAUCUGUGAUGCAGUAUUCCCUUUUCUCGGAUUAUGGUGCUUUUGGAUUCUUUACGUAUGAUGUAAAUAGCAGAGUUGUGGGAAAUAUAAAACGAACUAUUCUUCAGCUAUCUCCACCUGACUUGUACUUGAGACAGAGUGUGUAUCUUCUGCCGUAUGAGGAUAAUGAGAUAGGCAGACGUUACUUAGAUAGAGUUGUUCCUCUGAUACAGCGCUUCAACAGCUUUCUCAGACCAACCUUUUCUAAUGGUCAAAUUGAUGGGCUUUUACGGGCAAAAGUUCAAGAGGUCUUUGAAUUCGAAAGACAACUCUCACAGGCUAUCCGUGUUGCCAAAUCUUCCAAUGAAGAGAAUGCACUGUACCCCGUCAGUGCACUUAUACAGAACUUUCCAAACAUUAACUGGACGGAAGCUUUACCAAGCCAACAAUUUUCAACUAACACCCCUGUUCAGCUCAAUCAUCCAAGCUACUUUACGUCUCUGAAUGGAAUGCUUGGCAGGACUGAGAAAUCUACCCUUAUUAUGUACCUGUACAUCCGGGUUAUUCUUACGGGUAUUAUUCCCUUUGCUCCAAAAUCCACCCGCCAGUUUAUGGACAAUUUAUAUGACACAGAGACUGCACAAGAAUACACAAAGACGUACUGUAUAGAUAGUACGUUGGAACUACUUCCGGAGGAAGUACUAAUAGAGUAUUCAGGAAAACAAAACCAAAAUGUUAAACCUGUACUUGAGUACAUUUCCUCUCUGGUGAAAAAUCUGACAGACCAAAGCAUCAAGUCUUUCUCUUCCUAUGGAGGAUACAGUGAUAAAACUAAAUUGAAGAUUACUGAAACUUUGUCCUCUCUCACUCUGAGUAAUGCACCGAUUCCUGUCAUUCCUUGGACCGUCCUGCUCUCCACAAACAAGGAUGUAUUCCACUUGUUCAGAGCUAAUUAUGCUCAACAGGCGCACUCCUUCCGGUUGAUGAACCGAAUAGGAGAGGUGUACUCAGUACCUAAUAUACCGUGGUAUACUAUCGAUAUUGUGUAUGACGAGGACAUUAAUACACUGGGUAUCUCUUACGGAAUACUAACAUGGAAAACAAACCUGAGACCAGAAUUUCCGUUUUUGACGACCGUUGGGUUACUGAUAUCAGAGAAAGUUACAGAUGUUAUUUAUGGUAAAGGAAAUAUCCCUUUUUGUUUUUAG